AUGAUGGGUAUUGCGAAGCUUGGAAUGAAAAUGGCGGCUAAUGAUGUUGUCGCGAAUCAUGAAAACGAAACGAGAGAUAAAAGGAGCAGCGAUGGUUCCGUCAAAGUUAUUUGCUUAGGAGACAGUGCUGUAGGGAAGUCAAAAUUGGUUGAGAGAUUUCUCAUGGAUGGAUAUAAACCACAGCAGCUUUCUACAUAUGCUCUGACCCUUUUUCAGUACAAGACAAGGGUUGAUGGAACUGAUGUUCGAGUUGAUUUCUGGGAUACAGCAGGACAAGAGAGAUUCAGUAGUAUGCACCCAUCAUAUUAUCAUCAAGCACAUUCUUGUCUACUAGUAUUUGAUAUUACAAGAAAAGUGACUUACAAAAAUCUUGCAAAAUGGUACAAAGAACUUAGGGAAUACAGAGAGAACAUUCCUUGUAUAGUUAUAGCAAACAAAAUAGAUGUUGACUACACUAUGACACAGAAAAGUUUCAAUUUCCCCAAAAAGCAUGGUCUUCCUUUCUAUUUUGUGUCUGCAUCUGAUGGAACAAAUGUGGUUAAGGCCUUUCGAGAAGCAAUAAAGCUGGCAGUGAAAUAUAAAGAAAACUCAACAGAUUUUAUGGAUGAAGUUCUACGCGAACUUGAGAACUUUGAUGAAAUGAAUCUUAAUCAAGAUGGUUAUGAUUCUUCAGAUAAGAAAAGCAGUGAAGAUGAGGGAAAGACAUGAUACCCACUGCUUUAAGGCUGGCUCCUGUGGUUCAUGCACACUGCUGUUUAAGUCAGUGCAAAGAAUAUUUCAACACACAGAGUAAUUUAUUCUCCUUAUUAGAGUUUUUAAUUAUUAGUUAUUAAUAUUUAAAAGAUUUACAUUGUAAUAAAUGUAUUGACUGUUACAACUAUCAUACAGUCUGGGUGAUGCUAUGUCACUUUGCAAAUUUUCUCUGCUGGCUGAAGAGUAAUAUAACAUGACUGCAAGAAAACUGAAAUAGUCUAAGAAUUAUUUUGAUUCCAUCCUGAUGUCAUGGCAAAAGGCUUCAUGGUUUAACUUUACCAGAUCUGAGCCCAGAAAAAAUAAUCAUGAUUAUUCUUAUUGUACAGUGUAUAUGACCAAGAAUUCAUUUGUUGUAAAUCAAUAGUCAUGUUCAGCUAUAAUAUCAUAUGUACUUACCUACCGAAAAUUAUAUCUGAGAUGGGUUUUUUUGUGGUAUUAUCUUCCUAAAUUUUGCUUGUUCUCAUCAGACUGAGACGCCUCUCCGUUAUUCUCAUGAUCUUAAUUAUGGUUUAGCAUUAUUAAUGGUUUAAAGCAUUAACUCGUCAUUUAAUUAUUAACAGCACGCCCAGCAGGGCCCGAACUCGCACAUAAAACUAUUGUUUUCCUUUAAAAAGUAAUUUCGUAGACCGUUUAGACUUGUCACGCUAUUGAUUAGAGAGAGAAUGCGUUGCGUGAUCAGACUAGACCAGUGCGAAGGUGGCUACCUAUGGCAUUUUGUGGUAACACUUUUCGUAGGCCAGUCUGUGCAAUGUAAAUGUAAACUAAUGUAAAUUGUAAAUUUAUCGGAAAUUGGUAUGAAGAAAACCAUCUGCUUUAGUACAAAACUCAAUGCUCGUGAGUAAAAGCGUAUAGGUUAAAACUUAUCUCUAUAAUUAUGUCGUAAAAAUGCAGCUAUUAUUGGAUCAGUUACAGAGAAGCCAAAUGUAAUAUGAUUGUAACUAUCAUUACAGGAUGAGCUAGGCAGAUCAUGAGAGAGAGAGCUUUCUUUACCAGUCCUCUUGCCCAGCCUUGGAGCCAGGCUCGGCAGCUUCUCCGAGAUAUGUUUAUUUUUUUGCGGUGUCUCUAUUUUCUUUGUGUUUGUUGACGAUGUUAUGUUUUCCAUUUUGUAUAAUUGUUGGUUGACUAGUAUUUCCUUUUCACUGAUUCUAAAGAGAGUGUUCAUCCCUAUAAGUAUCUUACUGUUCUGUUAUAAACUAUUUUCUUUGUGAAAUACUUCUUUUUCCGGGUUAAAGCGUAAGCAAGUGAGCAGUUUGCCAAGCGCUUAGAGGUGUUAUAUUUUGUCAUACGGCAGUUUUCUUUUUACACGACAUUUUUACAUUGUACAAUAUUUUUCUGAAGUUUAGAGUCCAUUCAUUGAAUUCAGCUACUUUUAUCCGACGAAGCUCUCUCAGCGAUGUUUUAAUAAAAGCUCUUGGAGACCUCAUGGAACUAUAACCAAGAAACCGUAACCUUGAACACGAUAAUUUACACGGUAGCUAUUUAGCCAUAACGUGUAGGGCAUAAGUAUUUUCAACCGAGCUUUUUCAUGACAAAGUGACAGAUGUGUUCGUCUGGGAUGUCAAAGUACGAGGACAACUAAAUAGGCACGAGAAAUAUUUUUCAGAGGAAGCUUUCAGACAAGCAAUCGUGCUAACUACUCUGAACAGUUUUCAGAAGUUGAAUUUUCCCCUCCCUCAGAGGAAUUGAAUCGGUAGUACACACUAACCGUAGUCUUCUAUUCUUUGGGUAUACCCAAGUGGCAACACUGAUUGUGACGAUCAAACUAACUGUGAAAUGGUAUCGUAAACCUAGUUUGCGUGCUUAAGGAAUUAAAAUAAUUCUGCGUUUGCAAUAUUUUGAGAAUUCCGUUUCGCACAUAGAGAAUUGUUGGAGAAGUCGCACAUUGACCAGGAUCUCUGUAGGGAACGAACCAGGUAGCGUAGGUCACUAUGCCAAACAUGUCUGAAAACAAUGUAACUGCAUUCGGGUACUUUUGGGCUAGACCGGAUGUGUACAAAGAUCCUGGAAUUGAAAUAUGUAUGUAAUAUGUAUAUAUGUAAACCUAUGUAAAAAAUUGUAUGUACAAACAUGAUCUAAAAAUAAAGUUGCUUGUUUACCGCGAUGAA